CCUGCAGCUCCAAUUAUCCCUGGGAGAGUCUUUUCCAAUCCCAAUUAACAGCCCCAGGCACUCAUUGCCUCAUCGGGGCUCUAAGGAAUUUGGCUCCAAGGAAUUUGGGUCCUUCCCUGCGGUGGGAACAGCCCAAUCCCGACCCCUCUUCUUCCUCCCACUUUUUUCCCUGGGUUUAGUGGAAUUUUUUGCCAGUUUUGAGGGGGUUUUCAUGUUAAUCCCAAACCCUUGGUGGGUGUUGGAACAAUCCAGAUCCAGGUGCCUCUGUGAGGGUGUCGGGGGUGGGUUUUGGGAGCUUGGAAAAUCUUGGAAUUGUCAUUCCACACCUUUGUGCUUGGAGCCCAAACCUCCCUCAGCUGCUGGUGCCUUGAUUCCUUAAAAUUCCUGGUUUUCCCCUCCUUCCUUAGGGAGGUUUCCAGGUUCUUCCUGCUUUUUUUUAUUCCCAUAGAAACCCCCUGAUCCAGAUUUAACGACCUGGUCCCAUCCUGGUGGGAACAGCAGAGCUUGGAUGUGUUGGGAGAGUCAAGGAUUGAUUUUGAAGGGAUACGGCACCUGGAACACCGGCACCACCAGCACGCAGGGUUCCUACGCCACGAACGCCUCGAGCUGGCAAGGCUAUGAAGGCUACGAUUACUACACCCCCCAGAGCUCGGCCGCGCCCUCGGCCGCCUCCUACGGCUACGGAGCCGCUUCCGGCGGCUGGGACGCCCCCAAGGCCUCGGAGCUGGGAAUGGGCUCCGACGGAGCCGCCGCCGCCGCCUACGGAGCCGACGGAGCCGGCGCCGAGAACUCGGACUCCAUCAUCGCCAAGAUCAACCAGCGCCUCGACAUGCUGUCCAAGGAGGGCAGCGCCGGCACCGCCGACGGCACCGCCGACGAGCACCAGGGCUCCUUCCGCUUCGAGUCGUUCGACUCGUACGAGUCCCGCUCUGCGCUGAGCGAGCGCGACCUGUACCGGCCCGGCUACGCCGACUACGGCGAGGCUGCGGCCGAGCGCGGCGACUCCUUCGGCGGCCACUUCGACUCUCGCCGGGACCAGCCCCGCAGCCGCGGCGGCAACAACGGCUUCGGGCUCCUGCGGGGCCGCGGCCAGAGCCGGGGCCAGCCCCGCGGCCGCCUCGGCGCCUUCGGCCGCCCCGAGCCCUUCCCGGGCUCGUCCAGCUCGGAGCGCCUGUCGGCGCGGUGGAACGAGCUCAACUACCUGGGGGCGCGCGGCAUGGGCGCUGCCGGAGCCGCCGGAGCCGCAGCCGGAGCCGGAGCAGGAGCAGGCCGGCUGCCCUCCCUCUUCUCCCAAGCGCUGGUUCCCGACUACGGAGACUACGGCGACUACGGGGACUACGGAGAUUACGGAGAUUAUGGAGACUACGGAGACUACGGAGACUACGGAGACUACGGGGAUUACGGGGACUACGGAGACUACGACUACGGCAUGAUGGGCAUGGGAAUGGGAAUGGGGCGCUACGGGAACGUCCCCUACGGGAUGGGCCGGCAGCGCGGCAGGGACAGGAUGGGCGCCGCGCCCUGGCACGGCGGAGCCCUCACGCCCAAGAGAAGAGGCUUCCGGAGCCGCUCCGGGGGCCGCUCCGAUGGGGAAGGGGGUCGGAAGCGGAAACAAUCCCAGAGCGGGGACGAUCCCGAGGCCAAACAGCCCCGCACCGACAGCGAGGGCGACGACUCCGACAACGCAGACGAGGGGGAAGGAGAGGAGAAAUCCGGGGAUGAAGCUGACAGAGCCUCCGGCGACGGCUGCGAGGACGAUGAUGAGGAGGUGAAGAAGAAGAGGGAGAAGCAGCGGAGAAGGGACCGGAUGAGGGAUCGAGCCAUGGACAGGAUCCAGUUCGCCUGCUCCGUGUGCAAAUUCCGGAGCCUGGAGGAGGAGGAGAUCCAGAAGCACCUGCAGAGCAAGUUCCACAAGGAGACGCUGCGCUACAUCGGCACCAAACUGCCCGACAAGACCGUCGAGUUCCUGCAGGAAUACAUCGUCAACAGGAACAAGAAGAUCGAGAAGCGGCGGCAGGAGCUGACGGAGAAGGAGGGCAGCAAACAGAAACCAGAUCCCUUCAAGGGGAUCGGGCAGGAGCAUUUCUUCAAGAGGAUCGAGGCAGCUCACUGCAUGGCCUGUGACAUGCUGAUCCCGGCCCAGAACCACCUCCUGCAGAGGCACCUGCGCUCCGCCGACCACAACCGCAACCGCAGGAUGGCUGCGGAGCAGUUCAAGAAAACCAGUUUACACGUGGCCAAGAGCGUCCUGAACAACAAACACAUCGUGAAGAUGCUGGAAAAAUACCUCAAGGGGGAGGACCCGUUCACGGAUGAGAUCGCGGAUCAGGACGUGGACGAGGCUCUGGAAGGCGGCGACGGCGCCGAGCAGAGAGCGAGCGAAGAAGCCGCGGCCGCCCAGGCAGGGGAAGGGGAAGGAGAAGGAGAAGGAGCCGCCGGGGCCACCGAGGAAGCGGGAGGAGCUUCCCAGGAGUUCUCCAAACCCGAGGAAUUCCUCAAAAACCUGGGAGAGCAGGACCAGCCCCCCAAGCCGCUGCUGAUGCCGCCGUUCCUGCAGGACGACGAGCUGGAGGCCGAGGAGGCGCCUUCGGAAGAGCCGCCCGCGGGGCCCCGAGAGCCCCAAGAAUCGGGGCUUUCACCCCAAAAUCAAACUGAGGGGCGGGCAGGGAAGGAGGGGGAGGAAGAGGAGGAAAGUGGGAAUAAAGCAGCGGCCACGGGCAGCGAGGAACAGCAGCGGGAGGAGGAGGAGGAGGAGGAAGAGGCUCCGGCGGCUGCGGAGCCACAGCCCGAAGAACUGUGAAUAUUCCAGCCAAGGAUGAAGAAACGCAGGAAGGCAGAGAUUGUCCAAGGAAAACCCCCCGGCUGCGGUUGGGGGGGAAUUGUAGGAAGAAAAAGGCAAAAAAAAAAUUAAAAAUAAUUAAAAAAAAAUUAAAAAAAAACCAAGUUGAGGUUUGGAAAAACAAAACCAAUAAAAGGCAGCGAUUGGA